CAGCUAAAACAACACAGAUUGUCUAAUGUCUAUGCUCUAAUAAUAAUCCAAGUGUCACCCAGACAGACACAAAACAAAUUUUAUAAAUAAUAAGGUCUAAAAUAAUUCAAAACAAACCUGUAAUGGACGUAUGUGAAGAAACUGAUACUUAUUGCAUUCUGGAAGAAGCUUCCCAAGACAAUUUAGAAAUCUGUGAAAGCACUGAUGAAGUUCAUACAGUUAAUUCAGAAUCAAAGCCAAUUGAUGGUUCCGAGAAACCCUGUGCAGUGUGGACUACUAAUGCUACAACAACACUACUGAAACUAUAUGAAAACAAACUAGGAAUGCUAGAAACACCAAAAAAGAAAACAAGAAUCUGGUUGGCAAUAUCACAAAGCCUAAUGGAAUAUGGCAUAGAGGUGACACCAGAUCAAGUAAGGUGGAAAAUAAAUGCAUUAACAAAAAAGUAUAAGCAAUGUGUUGAUACCGGGCAUCAUGACAAGUUUAAAUAUUUUAAAAUAAUGAAUGAUAUUUAUGCACAAUACCAUGUAGAUUGUGAUUCUUACACAUUAACAGAACUCCUACACAGGAAGAAAGAUAGUAAUAAAGUUGACCUGAAUAUAAAUGAUCACAAUAUUAAACCAUUUCAAGAAAGCAAAGCUGUUAUAGAAAUGAGGAAGAUAAGACUAGCCAACAGAAUAGAGUGUGAUAGGUCUCAGGGAAAAUUACAAUUGGAAAAGCAAUGGUUAGAAUAUUUAAGGAGGCAAGAAGAACAGAAGCAGUGGAGGGAUGAAAUUUACGAAAGAAAUUUGAAAUUGCGUGAAGAAGAACUGGAACUACGUAAAAAAGAGUUGGAGAUUAAAGAAACUCUAGAGUUAAAAAAGAUUCAGCUAAAAGAAAAAGAAUAUCGAGAUACAUUACAAAUAGAAAGAGAAAAAUGUGAACUGCUUAAAGAAAUAUUUAGUAAAAGAUACUAGACAACAAGUAUUAAAUAAGUAAAAUCUUA